AUGACUGCCGGUAUUACAAAGCCUCCGUACCCUCUCCACGAGUCCGUCAAGGACCUGUUGGACCCGGAGUACGUCGAUUUCUACAACGAGCAUGUCAUCAAUAACCAACAAGUCCAUCUCCAACCCGUGGAGGCCUCGCGCACAAGUGGUGUUUUGAUUCCUGGCGCGGGUCCCAUGUUAGAGGUUGGCAAGAUUCAAGACAUCACCGUCCAGCGACGCGCGACCGAGGGCCCUGCAGUGCCCAUCCGGGCUUUCACUCCCAAAGGCCAUGCACCACCAAAUGGAUGGCCUGUGAUGCUAUACUUCCACGGUGGUGGCUGGGUGCUCGGAAAUAUCGACACCGAGAAUGUGGUGUGCUCGAAUCUCUGUGUUCGGGGCAACUGCGUCGUGAUUACUGUCGACUACCGACUUGCACCCGAGAAUCGCUGGCCCGCCGCCGUACACGAUAGCUGGGAAGCACUCCUAUGGCUGGUCGCUGAUGGCCCCGCCGCGCUAUCAGUAGACGUAUCCAAACUGGCAACCGGCGGGUCCUCCGCCGGCGGCAACCUUGCUUCGAUUAUGACGCAAAAGGCACUAACCCUGUCACCGCCUGUUCGGUUCCGUGCCCAGUUGCUGUCUGUCCCCGUCACCGAUAACACGGCCACGGUCGAGAACAAUGAAUCCUAUAGGCGGUAUGAGCACACCCCCGCACUCCCCGCGCGCAAAAUGUACUGGUACCGGGAUCACUACGUGCCCAACGAUGCCGACCGCACCAACCCUGAGUCUAGUCCGCUGUUUUGGAAGGGCGAUUACUCGCAGUUGCCUUCGGCGCUAGUUAUGGUCGGAGAAUUGGACGUGUUGCGCACGGAAGGUGAACAAUAUGCGGAGAAGUUGGAGAAGGCUGGUGUGCCCGUUGAUUUGCAGGUCAUGAAGGGCAUGCCGCAUCCGUUCCUUGCUAUGGAUGGGGCUCUAUCGGAGGGAAAGAGAUGUAUUACUCUUAUGUGCGAUGCCCUGCAGAAGGCUUUCUGGGCUUGA